AUACAUAGGCUAAUUAGAAUCUUCCGCAGCACCUUAACUUCUGUAAGAACAUCCUUCACGUAUUUGUCACUAAAAUGCUGGAAGGAAAAGCUGUGGUGCGUGAAACAGAUAUGCCAACUCUCAUGCAGAGUCAUGCCAUGGAAUUGGCUUACAAGGCUCUUGAUCUACAUGAAGUUUCUGAUUGUCGAUCCAUUGCUCACUAUAUCAAGCAGAAAUUUGAUGAAGCUUAUGGUCCUGCCUGGCACUGUGUUGUGGGCAAAGACUUUGGAUCUUGCAUCACGCAUUUGUGCGGAAGUUUCAUUUUCUUCCAUGUGGAGAUGAUGGAGUUUCUCAUAUUCAAGGAUGGCAGAGAGUCUAGUGAAAGCAGGGAAGAGGCAAUUGGGGUUCUGCAAAAUGGAAGCUUAUCGGAUUAGUGUACUUUACAUAUCGAAUUAGCAUUCUCUAUGUUUAGUAUCUGCAUUGAUCAUGCCUUAGUAUUAGUUCUCUUUCUUUUAUGUCGAUCAGAAAUGUUAUAUACAGGAACGAACACGGUAUGACAGAAGCUAAGUUUUCGAUAAACUUCAAGAGAUUAUAUUGUACAAUGUGUGUGUAUCUACUCAUAAGAAAAGAAUCAGGAAUAUCAUCCUAUCA